AUGGUCGGAAUGCGAGCGCUGCGGAAAAGCAAGACGCUACAGUAUGGAGUCCCCAUGAUGGUGAGCGGCUGCCGGGGGGAGGGGGCGGCGGGCGGGACGCUCGCCUAGAACUAGCUCGGCAGAGCGGCCGCGAAGCGCUGGCGGAGGGCGGGGCUUCGUUUGCCAAUGGCGGAGGCUGCAGCGCCCCGGACCGGCCGCUAGGGGGCAACCUUCUCGGGAAGGCCGUCGAAGGCGCGACGAGGCCUUGCGUCGGGCGGCGCGAGCGUUUCAGCAGCGGCUCGCUCUGCGCUCCCCCUCCCCCCGCUUAAAUAGGGUCACGUGACACCCCCCCCCCGGGCAGAUGAGGAGAUUAUAUACUGAAAUGGAGAGGGGGGGUGUCGUUCUUUAUAUUCUUCUUGCCGCAUUGCAUGAGACGCAUUACAGCGUGACUUUAAAAGUACAGUAUUCUAGAACUGACCCAUUUUUUAGAGGGUGGCUGUGCUUGUCGGGUAAAGAAACAAGGAAAACCGCCCCCCAAUAAUUUUAUUAGUUAGCUGUAACCCAGUAAAGUGGUAAAGGUAAAGGGACCCCUGAUCAUUAGGUCCAGUCGUGACCGACUCUGGGGUUGCGGCACUCAUCUCGCUUUAUUGGCCGAGGGAGCCGGCGUACAGCUUCCGGGUCAUGUGGCCAGCAUGACUAAGCCGCUUCUGGUGAACCAGAGCAGUACACGGAAACGCCGUUUACCUUCCCGCCGGAGCGGUACCUAUUUAUCUACUUGCACUUUGACGUGCUUUUGAACUGCUAGGUUGGCAGGAGCAGGGACCGAGCAACGGGAGCUCACCCCGUUGCAGGGAUUUGAACCGUCGACCUUCUGAUCAACAAUUCCUAGGCUCUGUGGUGUAACCCACAGCGCCACCCGCGUCCCGGCCAGAACAGUGGUACCUCGGGUUAAGUACUUAAUUCGUUCCGAAGGUCUGUUCUUAACCUGAAACCGUUCUUAACCAGAAGCACCACUUUAGCUAAUGGGGCCUCCUGCUGCUGCCACGCCACCGGAGCACGGUUUCUGUUCUCAUCCUGAAGUAAAGUUCUUAACCCGAGGUACUGUUUCUAGGUUAGCGUAGUCUGUAACCUGAAGCGUAUGUAACCCGAGGUUCCACUGUACUGGAAAGCAGGUGUGAGUGAAAUACAUGGAGCAGGCAUAUGUGGGAUAGCUCAGUUGGUAGAGCAGGAGACUCGACUUAAUCUCUAGGUUUGGGCAAAAUUAUUCCCGCAUCAUGGGUUGGACUAGAUGACCCUUGUGGUCCCUUCUAAUUCUACGAUUCUGCGAUUCUACAGCUCAUAGCUCUGACUUCCUAACUACUGCAUGAAAGAGCACCGCUGCUUUGGUGCCCUGCCCCAAUUUGCCUGACAUUGGAGAGACCCAGCCGGAUGUGAGGCAGCUGGUGACCAUCUUAGUGCCCUGGAAGGCUGUUGAUGUGUGGCACUCUUUCAACUCCUCCCCCCCUUCUUGUCUUUGUGCCUGGCGCUUCGGCAGAUGCCUUGGCUGUUGUCUUCGUGCCCUGCUUGGAAGCUUCCCAGGAGCAUCUGCUUGGCUGCCGUUAGACUCCGAAUGCCAUUAGAUUCAAAAUGCCAUACCGGCUUAGAUGAUGGACCUUUCCAGAUUCUUUUGAUACGACAUGGGGAAGAAAGGAACUUCCACAUGCCUUUGGGGUAUCAUUACUAGGUUGAAAGGGACUUUAUCCAGUUGAAACCCGUGCCAUUGCAGGGAGACUAAAUGUAAGAAGAGCCCCACAGAAUCAGGCCAAAAGCCCAUCUAAUCUGGCACUCUGUUCUCACAGUGGCCAAUCAGAUGCCGGUGGGGAAGCCUGCAUGCAGGACCUGAGCACAACACUACUCUUUCCUGCAAUUUCCAGUUGGCUGUAACAAGUAUUACCGAAGGGAGGACAGUUAAAUUUAAAAUUUGGCAUUAGCAAAGCAAAAACAUUUUUUCUAUUAUAAUGGUAGCAAACAUACUUGCUAAGUGCCAAUCCUGUCACUUCAAUUCAUAAAUAAACUGACUUUCAGACAUUCUAAGAAUUUUAGCUACCAUUCCGUUUGUGGUUAACUAUGUAGCAGUGCUCAUUUUCCUGUAGAAGUUUCCCUCUGGAAAAAUCUUUGUAGUGCUUCGUUUCAGUAAUUUAAUAGUUGAGAACAGGCUUACUGCACUUCCAAGUCACCAAGCUCAGUAGGAUAUCCUAACAGCCAUGUAUUGUGAGGCCUUGGUAAGGUUAUUAUGCUUAAAAAGCAAAGGCAGCACCUUUAUGAGGACCAACCAAAUUGUCAGAAAACAGCAAGCUUUUGAAUUCUCCAGAACUCUUAAUCAGUCUAGAUAUUAUACAAAACAAAGGCGUGAGAACAAGGGAAAAAGCACAACAAAAAUUCAGGAGUUUGGCUGGAUGACAUCUGCAUUUAGAAUACAAUAAGACUGCAUUUACACAGUGGUUACGUUCCAGAGAUCGUGCCUAAUGCCAAAAUUGCAUAUAGUUAAAAUCCAUUGGGUUCAAUGGUAGAUGGGAUUGCCAAAGUCAUUUUUCCCAGGACUCUGCCCCUUUUCUGGCCUUUAAAAUUAUUAAUUUUUGCCAUGCGCGUAAAGCUGAAUGUGCACAAGUUAAAUGUGCAUACGUUGUGGGCCAAUGUUAGAAAAGUUGCUGAGUACCUGAAAAGCCAUGAUGCAUAGAUAAUGGGCUGCACAACAUUUAGUUUGCUGGCUUUUAAGAUUCAGUUGUUUUGCUGACAAGUAGAUUUUGCUUAAGGGGUUUGUUUUGGUUUGUUUGCAUGAUGGUUUUUGUGCCAUUAGCUUCAGAAUUCUGGUCAGUUUUCAUUGUUCCAAUGGUACAUGCUUCUGCAGAAACUGAACAGACAGCAAAUGUGACUUUGUACAGAAUUUAGUGUUAUGAUUGAAUUGCAGUCUUGGUUCCUAUUAGAUUCUUUCUCUUCAAGAUCUAUUCACAAAUCCUGCCUAUGUCAUUAACUGAAUAGGAUUAUUUGUUUGUUAGCGUUAAUAUAUGUGACAGGUCAUUGGGAUAAGUAGCACAAAAACCCGGGCUGUUAAAGGCACAAACACACACACAGAAACAUAAGAAUUGAAGUAAAAAUACCAUAGUACUAUUCAGCCUAAUACAAUACAAAAUAAUACAAUAAACUUGGUAUAGGGAAGUCAUAGCACACUGGGUAAAAGUUGUUUGAAUCCCCCCCCCCCCCAAAAAAAAUCCCUGCUAUUGUGUGUUUGUGUGUAACUUUUUUUUUAAAGGGAAGAAUGAAUUGUGGAAGGCUUUGUAGAAUUCUCCCAGUUGUAGCUUUGUUAGAUUGUUCCAUACUUAUUUCUCUACCCAGCAGGUAGACAUAGUACAGGAAGAAUGUAGAAUUCUUAGUUUCUGGGGUUCCAAAGAAAGGCAAGUGAUAGUGAAUUUCAUUUUGCUGACAGUCUAGCAGGCUUUGAUAUCAGGCGUGGGAACUACAUGCUUUCCCUACAGUUAUCCUAUUGCUAUCUGCUAAUAACAUUGAAGACUUUUCAAUUUAAUUAAAAUCUAAUGUAUCCUCCCUUCAGAGACCCCAGCAAAGGUGUCUCUCCUGAGCCUUAUGUGCAUAGAACAACCUAUACAAACAUCAUGAGAAUAAAAUUAGCAAGGCUAUGAUCAGCUACAACAAAUUUGACAGGAAUCUUGUCAGCUUCUUGUGUUCUUUCUUAGAAAAACCAGAGCACACAAGUGUGGAACCUCUGGCAUGUGACCUAUGUGACACAAAGCAGGGGAUAAAUAAAGUUGCAGCUGCAAAGGAAGAAUUGGGAGCUUUGGUGUAUGCUUCCAGUUGUCCCUUAAAAGUGCAUCUUACAUUUGAUGCUGUUUCAAUUUGGUGCUGAUUGUAAACUCUGCUGCUUUCCCGCCUGGUUUUUUAUGACACCUAGGCUUAGCUUGUAGGACAAUAGCAUGAGCAACGUGGAUCUUUUAUAUAUGCCCACCUCUGCUCUUUUUGUCAUUUUCCACAUCCUUAAAAAAACAACUUCCUAGAAAAUGGUCAUUGUGCAACUGGUGUGACCCAUUUCUGAUUAGUGAGUCCACUUACCAAGUGGAUAGUAGUGUUCUAGGGAAAUCAAGUUUUACCAUGUGUCAGUUGCCUUUUACUUUUUUAAAAAAAACACCAACCCAAUAUUGCUUAUGUUUUAAUCUUUUGUAAAUCUUCCAUAUAUUUCAGGAUUAGGAAGGCUAGCACUGUGAAUUAAAUAACCAAAUAAACUUUUAGAACAAAGAAGAAGUUGAUUUAUGAGGGAUUAAAAUAACUAACACAGGUAAAUGUGCUGAAUACAAUGAUUAUUCUGGGGAAUUCUCCAAUCUGGCUUUCUUCACCUUUGAACUUGACAAUAUGUGUGAUCAUAUCAGUGCCUAGCAUAAGCCAGCAAGAACCUAAGAGAGUGAUGUAAGAUGGCAUGAAACACUGUUUAACAGCUUAUGCGCUGCAGGGUGUGAAGUCCCACAGUACCAGGAUGGGAACAUCUGUCCAGAUGCUGGGAUGAAUUCUUGUGACCUUGUAGAUAUGUACUGUAUGUCUCACAAGAGGUUGUUCCGCAUGCUUGGAUUUUCACAUCUCCUUGCCUCUUACUACUUUGUACUGUUUCCAAACUGAUUUCUAAGAGCCAUGAGAGUUUUUUCUUUUCGGAAAUUCUAUUUGAAGUGUACCUAGCUCUCAAAUACAGUAGAUGGUGCUCCUGUUUCUAAAAUAUGGUGUUGAUUUCACUUUUCUGAUAAUAGUUGCAGCUGCCAGUGAUUCAUUCCCCAUGUGACUCUUGCAUACUGUACUGGGACAGCAAAGUUCUUUGCCACUGAUACAAUAAAACUGCUAUUAUACUGUUUCCUGAACAUGCAGAAUUUCAUAUUUGGAACACUAACUCCAUCUGAAAAGUGUCCCUUUAAAACCAACAGAAGAUGGGUGUAAAAAUCUUGAUAUUGUCUCUAUUCAAUCGUAUGUGGUUUUAUUUUUAGUUAGGCAGGCAGCACGACUGAAAUGUCUUUCAUCCUGUUCUCUGGAGGGUUCUCAUGCACUGCUGGUGCUUUAUUCUUUCCCACUGAAGUGAAUGGAAGCCAUUCACUUCUAUAAGAAAAUAAAGCUGCUGAGCUUAGGCGCAUCUAUAGGGCUGGCUGGCAAGUUUUGCCUAAUCACAAUCACAAGCUGGUGACUGCAGCUAUUUUAUAUUAUCCUCCAGAAAUGAUUGUCAUGACUUCUAUAGGACAAAAUAAAAUCAGCCAUCACACUGGCUGACGCUUUGCCCGUUGCUUAAAUUAAUUGUGUUUAGAAAAACAAAUUUUCAUCUCUGUAUUUGCCAUGACUGUCAUCUGUUGUUUUUUGUUUGUCUUUUAUCAUUACUGAUGGCUGAUGCCAUGGGCAAUAUAUGCAGUGGGAGGUGUAAUAGUACACAUUCUGCUGUUUAAUGUUGGAAGAAGAAAGAUGAAAGCCUGAAGUCAAGUGGUUUGUCUAUGUAUUGGAAACCAUGAAGAAAUAACACUAGCCAGAUACUAUCCCAAGCUGCCCUCAGAAAAUGCUCAUGCAAAGGUGAACCCUAAGCCCUUAGGGGAGAGCAUCCCAUACUUGAGAGCCAGCUGCUUAAGGAAAACUGUCUCUACAUGCCUUUGCCAUUCAAACAUGGUACACCACAGAUAGUGGUAAGCCACCAAUUUUAAUGGACCACAGAAAAGGAGGCCCAUUUGCAGUAAGUCUGUUGCUCAGCCAUUCUCAGAAAUUGAGCAUUGCUCCAUCACAUCCUCAUGUUUAGGGAGCAUGAGUACUUUGCAGGUAAUGCUGUCAUUUAGAGGAACUCUUAGCUGCUUUUUCUGUCAUCCCAUUCUGCUCCUCAGUCUGUUGCUCAGUAUUGACCUUUGCCCCUCCCAGUCCUUUUUCUCCUUUCAGAAUUUGGCUGUUUUGCCACAGCUUCUUAUUUUACCCUGUAGUCCAGGUGUGGGAAUCUUUUGCCUUCCAGAUGUUGCUGAACUACAGCUCCCAUCAGCUCCAGCAAGUAUGCCCACUGGCCAGGGGUGAUGGGAGUUGUAGUUCAGCAACCCUGCUGCAGUCCAUUUAACUGGCCAGGAAAAGUCACUGCCCAACUAAUGAAAGAGCAGCAGCAUUUAACUGCAGGGCUGGGGGGCUCCAAAUCUUUAUCCUUUGUUUCUGCCCUGUAUUUCUCACAUCAUGGAACACUGGGUGAUAAAAGGGAAUAUUAAUUCCUUGUGUUGGGGGGUGUGGUGUUUCACUUCCCUGUUGUGUGGAAGCUACUGAAGAAAUAAUACUAGUCUUUAGGUAUCUACAGAUUCUUCUUUUUAAAAAAAGCAAUGACAGGCUCGUUGCAUAUGGAGCUGAAAUGAAGAUGGGAGAGAAUUCUUCACUUCUUAAAAUGCAACGUGUCUUGUUUUAAAGGAAGAAAGGGACAGCCCUGUUUUUAACAGGAAAGCUGUUCUUGACCCACCGAAACAGACUUGUUCUUCAAGCAGCUGUGUUAAUUCCCUUGUUAUCUGACCUGGCCAAGAACUGUGUGUAAUGCAAAAUGACAACAGUCUGGUUGAAGGAGCCAUUUUUGCUCAUGCUUGCACUGAGGAACAUAUGGGCUGCCUUCUUUUUAGAGGGUUCUUUGUGUUCUUUGUGUUUUUUGCAAAAUACAUUUUCUGUACUUCAUCACAUUAAUUUGCCUAAGGGAGCUUUUUUUACUGAACAGGGGUAGGGGGACUGUGGCCCCUGGAUGUUGUUGGACUACAAUUCUCAUCAGCUCAUCAGUUAGGGAUGACAGAAGUUGCAAUCACAUGUAACAUGGAAGAGGGAACCAGUUUGUUUUCUCUUGCUCUGACUUCAAGUUAAAAGAAAGGACACUCCCGACUAAACAUCAGGAAUAACUUGGACAGUGGACAGUUGGACAGUGGAACGGACUCUUCAGGCGGUUGUGGACUCUCCUUCAUUGGAGGUUUUUGAGCAGAGAUUGGAUGGCCAUCUGUCAUGGAUGCUUUAGCUGAGAUUCCUGCAUUUUGGGGGUGUUGGACUAGAUGACCCUUGGGUCCUUUCCAACUCUACGAGUAUAUGAUUCUGUGAACUUUGGAGAAACUCUCUUGUGUGGCUCAGAGGAGCAGGGUAUUUGCUCAACAGGGAGUCCUUUGUGAUUAAAUGUGCAGCUUUUGUUUUUACCUCUCCAUUCAAGAUGGAAGGAAGUAUGAAGCUAGCAUUUCCCACUCAUCCAUAAAAAUUGCUUGAGGAUAGGCAUCUUAUGACCAGAGUGAUCCUCUCUUGGAAUCAAGGGCAAAACCAGCUUGUUUCUAACCAAAUGGAAGAGCCAAAGGCCUGGCACAUGGUAUUUCAUGCAUGUCACUUUCAGAAUUGCUCAUAACACUCAUAAACUAGAUUAGGCGAACCAAAUAAGGCUGAUGUCAGUCUACAUCUUUUUUUAUUUAACCUAGAUGGUUUUCCAGCCUACUGAGUACAUCUUUAUUUUAUUGGGAGAAAUGUCUUCUGCAAGUAGCAAGGUUUGAGAUGUGUCACGGAACAGCAAAAAAUCAUUAGCGCCACCAACCAUUCUGUGUAUGUUAGCUUGCUGAUGGCAUGUAUAAGUGGGAUGUGCAAAAGUACUGCAGCCUGGCACGUUCCCGUUCACUGUUCCAGUCAGCUGGACAUGCUCCUUUUCAACUAUUCUUCUAGUUGGUUAUCAGAUUUUUUUUGCUUUCAAUCAGCCAAUGUUCUAUGGCCAUUGAAUUCUCAUUGGACUGGUUUUUUUUGGGGGGGGUAAUCUCCCCCUCAGUUGUACUCAUACAGACCUUGGAGUACUGCCCUUCUAUGUAUUGGUGGUGCCAUCAUUUGGCUACAUUUGUGUAAGAACACAAAAGACUACAGUUGGAAGUUGAGAGAAUGAUAAUACAUGAAGCUGGCUAUUCAAAGCAAGUCCAAAAGACCUGAUGGCCACAGGCCUGGUUUGCGUGUCGUUUUAAAAUAAUUGUUUAAAAUCAGGCAUCUGCAAACUCAGCCCUCCAGCUGUAUUGGGACUACAACUCACAUCAUCCCUAGCUAACAGGACCAGUGGUCAGGCGUGAUGGGAAUUGUUGUCCCAAAACAACUGGAGGGCCGAAUUUGGGGGUGCCUGUUUAAAAUAAACUCUGGCUUAGGGGUGUAUGAAACGUGAGCAUACCCACACGUUUGCAAAACAUUUGUAUGUGUUUUGAGGGACUUGUCUAGUCAUGCAUAGCAAUAUUGGUUUGUUUGUGAGUGUGCUUCUGUACUCAUUCCUCAGGUGACUCUUGCAUACUGUACUGAGACUGAUAGUAGGGGGACUUUCUGGGAUCAGUGUUGCUUGAGAUGAAAGAUGAAGGGAAAGGACAGGUCUGUACAGGGCUAUGCUGUGAAAAGGUUCAAAAAAGGGCAACCAAAAUGAUCAAGUGGGUAAAGCAACUCCUCUGUGAAGAAAGGUUGCUUUAAACUUACUAGUUUAGAGAUGAGUUGAGAUGAGACAUGGUGGAAGUUUAUAAAUUUAUGUAAGUUUAUAAAUUUAUGAAAGUGGAGACAGAAGUGUUUUUAUCCCUCCUCCAUAACAUCCAAUGAAGCUGAAUGUUGGAAAAUUCAGGACAGAUAAAGGAAAGUGCUUCUUCAUGGAGUAAAUUGCUGCCACAAGGUACAAAGGCAGUGGCCACUCACACGACUUGAAAAGGGGAUGUGAUAUAUUAAUGGAGAAGUAGUGUGGUCAUGAUUAUACGGAACCUCAAGAGUUCAGAGGCAACCACUUGCUGAUGAGCAACCACUUGCCUGAGAACCACUUGCUGAUGAGCAAGAAGGAGUGAGGGCUCUUGUUUUUAAAAUUAUGCUUGGCCCAGAGAAACUGAGUAAAGAAAAGUUGUUUCUCUCUCUCUCUCUCUCUCUCUCUCUCUCUCUCUCUCUCUCUCAUAACAAUGAAGCUGAAUGUUGAAAGAUCCAGGACAGAUAAAAGAAAGUAUUUUUUUUCAAGCAGUGCAUAGUUAAACUAUGGAACUUGCUUCCACCUGAGGUGGCCACCAACUUGGAUAGUUUUAAAAGAGGAUUAGACAGAUUCAGGGAUGACAAGUGGCUACCAACCACGAUGGCUGUGUUUUGCUUCCACUUUUGGAGGCAGUAUGCUGGGAAUCGCAGGGGGGCAGAGUGCUGUCGCACUCUGGUCUGUGUUGCAGGCUUCCCACAGGCAUCUGGUUGACUACUGUGAGAACAGGAUGAUGGCCUAGAUAGGCCAUCUUAUGUUCCUGUGUGAGACAACGAAGAUAAUUGUCUUGACAAAGUUGUAGGUAUGAAUACGACAUCUAAGGAACGAUGCUACAUUUGUCACAGUAUGAUUCAUACAGCAAGCUAUGCAUCCAGGCUACUAGACUGCUGAGAAUCCAGAGGCUGCUGAGAAACCCAAAGUUGGCUUUGCUUAAUUUAAGUUGAAAAGUGACAGGAUAAGUGGUUGGUGAUAUUUCUAAAGUCUCAUCUAUGUGUUCAAAGCUUGCAAUUGCAGAGCAAGGUCUCCUGGACAAAAACAUUUUGAUGACACAUAGCUUCCUGGAGAGUGGGACAACACAGUUACAAAUGUUCAGGUACACCUGAGCUGUUUGAGAGAGCUGCCUUCUAGCAAAACCCAUAUUAUUAUGAAAGAUAAAAGAUGGGGGACUCUUUAGGGUGUCUGGGGCUGAGCCAUAUUGGUAGCCAGCAUUUGGUUUUCUGGGUUUUGCUUUUUGUGCCCCUGCUGUACUUGAAUAAAUGAAGAACUGUAGUUUUCAGAGCUGUCACAUUGGGACCUUUCAGCAGCUCUAAAAUGCACACACAGCAGUUUUUCUUUAAAAAAGGAACCCCCCCUCCAAAUCUCUUUAAUUCCCAUCACUGUGAAGUAAAAAGAGAAUAUUUCAUUUGACUGUUCCAGUUCUGCAGCUGCACAAUGCAUAGCUGGAGGCUUCAACAACAACAGUCUUAAAGAAGAGGCUUGAAAAUUAUCACAUUCCCUCUUCAAGUAAAAUAUUUCAUAACAUUUCCCCGGCUUUCUUUUCACCAGUGCAUGAUCUGUGUUGCCAGCAGUGAAUAUUGUGAUGUGAUUAAUUUAGGGAUUUAUGACAAAGGGAAUGUAAUUUUGUAAUCUGGCUUUCAAAAUCAGUGCUACAACAACGGAAUGAGUUUCUCUAGCAACAGAGGUGAUCUAACAUUGCAAAUUGCUAGGCAGUGCUGGAGAAAUUGCUGCUUGUUGUUUUGCUAACCUAAGGGUUGGCUGCUUUAGAUUUUACUGAAUAAUUUGGUGAGUCUGGAAUCUGUAGUAGAACACAGGGUUUGAGGAGGCCUGACUUAUUCAGUCUUUAUUUAUGUCUGUCUUGUGUUGAUGAGCGUUAAUAUCCUCUGUGUACAGUGCUCUGUCUGUAUUUGUUUACUUAACAUGCAUUUCAGUAAAAUAACAGAAAUUAGUUUUUCACAAUGCUAUUGAACAGAAAUUAAUGUCAAUUUCUUCAUGAAACAGUUACUGAGGUUGCUGAGCAUAUGUGACAGAUGGUGCUUCUGUGUUGCAUCCCAUGUUUCAUUCUACCUUGCAUUCUGUGCAUAUAUAAUUUCAUUAAAAAUGUUGCUUUUGGUGUGUGUCUUGGUGUGAACUCACUGAAACACCAACAAAAUCCUUCUUUGAAUAUUGAAUCAAGUGAUACUUCUGAAAGCUGUGCUGUUGGCUUGUUUCCAGGUUAGUUUGUAAAGCACGGUCUAAGUGAGGAGUAUUGGUGUUCUGUGUUGUUAAAGGUGACCUUCAGAUGUAAAAUGCAAAAACCUAUUAACGUAGCCAUGUUUUCCUGGCUUUACAGUAGCCAGAGUCAAAGUGAGACAAUUCUGCAUGUAAGUUCAAAACCUAAUUCUCCUGGUUUUCUUGUGCACCACACAGACCUCAUAUUAUUAGCAGAUCCCUCAUGUUGUUAAUCUCAAAUGUGAAAAACCUCUGACCCAACACAUAAAUGCUUACAGUAGAGAAUGCUAACUGCUAACUGUUACAGUAAUAAUGCUACAAGCAUGGUACCGUAUACCCCUGGACGAAAGGAAAAUACAUGGUGUGUGAAGACGAUCUAUAAAUUUUUCUCUGCCUUUUGGAAGGGCAAGAUUAUGGGCCUUUAAAAAAAAAAAUCGAUACACUAUGACUUUCCAUCAGUUGAUGCUCAAGGCAGCUUAUAUAAAAUCAUAAAAAAUAAAUUAUAGCAAUGACCCCCCCCCAAUAAAAACAGCAGGCACUACAAAAGCUAAAAACACAAUAGUAGCAUCUGUCUUAGUUUCUACACAUCUUUGUAGACAGUUGCAGACAUCCAUCCAUCAGACACAAGCUCCAGUGACCUCUCUGGACCUUUAAACACACCUGAGUUUUAAAAAUCUAUGUACACACUAUUUCAAUUAGUCUUCAAUCCGAAGCCCACUUGCCUGGAAGUCAGCCCCAUUGAAUUCAAUAGUACCGGUACUUAGUUUUCAAUAGACAUGUAUAGGAUUUCACCCUUAGCUUUUUUCUGGUAUGUGAAAUAUUGGUCAAUUUCUUUAUGGGGGAAAAUCAGGUUAUGAUAUAUUCAAUAUCUAUAUGCUAAUGAAAUGUAACAGAAACAUGGACACUAUUGUAUACACUUUGCAAGCUUGAAGAGAGGCAAACAACAUCUUAAUGGAUCUAGCACAGCUAAGUGUUGCUUUAUAAUUAGUUUCACUAUUGAGAAGCCAGGCCUUCCUGGUACAGCUGUUUCAGUCCUGCACAGCUAUUAUUCAUAUGGGCAUGUUGCUGUGGGUUUGUGGGUUUGUUGGAAUGUAUAUACUCAGUAAAUCAAUGGAGAGCAAAACUGCAUUCAGUUAACCUUUUUUAUGUCAGACCCUGUACAAAUGAUUACUGCGGUAAUAACCAUUAAAGAAGAAAUUAUGAGCAUGUGUGUUCAUUUAAAGCAGUUUUAAAUUUUUAAAGGAAGACAAACACACUGCAUUAAACCCCAUACUUGUUCCUAGGCUUUUGUUGAAUGUCUGUAAGUUACCCCAUUUAAUUUCCUCUUAGCACUGUUUCUGAUUGUUUCUGGGACUAAUCCCAGCCAGUUGGAAAUCCUGUUGUAAAUAAGGAUGCUACAAUGCUGUGUAGGUAAUCAAUGUCACAAAGUCCAGUCAGCUUGAAGGCAAUGCUUCUUUCACCCUGAAUGGCUUUUUGCCCCUGUUUGCAGCUCCUCCCAGUAAAUCAGGGGUGGGAAACUUGUGGCCCUCCAGAUGUUGCCGGUCUACAAAUUUGAUCCUCUCUGAUCUUUGGCCAGCCUGGCUACAGCUGAUGGGAGUUAGGGUCCAGCAAUAUCUGGAGGUCCUCAGAUCUCUCAUCCCUGCAACACACACACUGAGAAGUGGGAUGCUUUACAGAGUGGGUGGAAGUAUACCUGAAGGAGCGUCUCCACCCCCAUCGUUCUGCCCAGACACUGAGGUCCAGCUCCGAGGGCCUUCUGGUGGUUCCCUCACUGUGAGAUGUGAGGUUACAGGGAACCAGGCAGAGAGCCUUCUCGGUGGUGGCGCCCGCCUUGUGGAACGCCCUGCCUUCAGAUGUCAAGGAAAUACAGGGGUACCUCUGGAUACGAACGGGAUCCGUUCCGGAGCCCUGUUCGCAUCCUGAAGUGAACGUAACACGCGACUGUGCGUCUGUGGGUCGCAUUUCGCCACUUCCGCGCAUGCGCGUGACAUCAUUUUGAGUGUCUGCGCAUGCGCAAGCAGCGAAAGCUGGAAGUAACGCAUUCCGUUACUUCUGGGUUGCCAUGGAGCGCAACCCGAAAAUGCUUAACCUGAAGCAUAUUCAUCCCGAGGUAUGACUGUAAACAACUAUCUGACUUUUAGAAGACAUCUGAAGGCAGCCCUGUUUAGGGAAGUUUUUAAUAUUUGAUGUUUUAUUCUGUUUUUAAUGUGUUGGGAGCCACCCAGAGUGGCUGGGGAAAGCCAGCCGGAUGGGUGGGGUAUAAAUAAUAUAUUAUUAUCAUUAUUAUUUUUCAAAAAGUGUCUGUGGUGUUUGUCAUUGUCACUGACUUGCACAGAUUUGUAUGUUAAGAGAUAUACAGUAGAAUGUUAUUUAGAGAGAUAGUUGUAAGAUAUAAAGUAAGGUGUGAAUGAGAUAUUGGCACAUGUCUUACGCUGAUUGGCUAAGAGUGGAGUGUGACUUUUAGAACAGUUGCGUGUGAGGAAAAGAGGUAGUUGGGCUUUGGAGGAAGAAGAAGGUUGGCUCGUGUGGCACUGAGGAGUAGGGGGAAGUAUAAGAUAGGAUUAGAACUUGCAUUAGGAAUAGAAUUCUAGGCACAUGUUACGUAAUACAAAGUAUCCAAGCACUGUUAUUGAAAACAAACAAUAAGAACUUGUUAUAUUCAGCUGUUACUAUAAUAAAUAUUUGUUCAUUCAAACUAUGUCUCCUGUUAGGUCAACAUAUUGAGGCUGUGACAAAGUCAGUCAAAGAUAUUUGUGUCUACUGUAUAUGGUGGCAGCAGAACACCAGUAGUUAGAGAUGAUUGCUUCAGGUAUUUGGAGCGCAGAGCUGGAACUCUAUAAGGCAGGGGUCAGCAACCUUUUUCAGCCAUGGGCCGGUCCACCGUCCAUCAGACCAUGUGAGGGGCCGGACUAUAUUUUUUUGGGGAAAUGAACGAAUUCCUAUGCCCCACAAAUAACCCAGAAAUGCAUUUUAAAUAAAAGGACACAUUCUACUCAUGUAAAAACACACUGAUUCCCGGACCGUCGGCAGGCCGGAUUGGGAAGGCGAUUGGGCCACAUCUGGCCCACAGGCCUUAGGUUGCCUACCCCUGCUAUAAGGCAAAUAGGAACUCAGGAGAACCUUUGCCAAUCAAAAGGGAUUGGGGAUUUGAAUUGAAGUAUCCUCUGGCUCCUAAGUACAAGGCUUGUGUGGGGAGGGCAUGGACGUAUCAUCCUCCCAAUUUCAACUUGGAUGGUUUGAUUUCCUGUCAUACACUGAGACUUCUACUAGUCCUCUUUUUGUAGUUAAGGCUAUACCACCCAAGCUUGUAUUUGAAAGGCCAGUAGUGGUUUGCUGGUGAAUUUUGGGGGAAAUGGCCUGAGUGUUUGGAGUUCCGAACACUUGUUGUAUAUUAAAAGAGAAAGCUGCAGUAUCUCCAAACAAUUUUACAUGUCACUUGGGAAGACAGGCUAACUAAUGUCAGUGUACUGGAAAAAGCAAAGAUCACCAGUGUUGAAGCAAUGAUUCUUCAACAUCAACUUUGUUGGACUGGUCAUGUUGUUCAGAUGCCUGAUUACCGUCUUCCAAAGCAACUACUCAACUCAAAGCAACUACCCAACUCAAGGCAAACCUAAAAAAACGUAACAUAGGCACUGAUAUCUGGGAAACACUGGUCCGUGAGCACUCCAGUUGGAGAACAGCCUUUCCUAAAGAUGUCAUGUACUUUUAAGAAGCUCGAACUCAGGGCAAAAAGAAGAAAUAAGCUAAGAGGAAGGCAUGCUUGGCAAACCCUCACCGUCAUCAACUCCCUCCCAGAAACCUAUGUUCCCACUGUGGAAGGACGUGUGGAUCCAGAAUUGGCCUCCAAAGUCAGUUAUGGACUCACUGUUAAGACCAUGUUCAUGGAAGACAGUCUUACUUGGCUACAAGGGAUCGCCAAAAAGAAGUAUAUUAUUACAGAACUAUGAGCAUGUCAUCUCUGUUUGCCUUGGUAUAAGAUUUCAAAAAUUGUAUUUGCAUUUUAUGACAGAGAGAAAUGUCACCUUCCUAUAGAUAUAUCAAUUUCUCUCUCUCUCUCUUACAUAUUGCUCCUAUUCAUAAGUCUCGGAGGUUUGGAGCUAUUAGCUAUAAUGAAGAUAUAGGUGCAGAAGGGACUGAUUUAUCUAGCUACAUAAUAACAUACCAUAGGAUUCUGGUUCCAAUCUGCUGGCUUGUUCCAAAAGCUUAAUUGGGUCCUUUUCACCUUGGCACCAGAAUGAGCCAGCUGAGCAUUGUUGCUUCAAUUGUUAAAAGUUUGAAAAUGGUGAGAACAAGUCCCAGAGCUAUGAUGUUAAGGCUCCCUAAAUGCUGUUAAAGGGAAAAGGCAUUGGGGGAGGUGAAACAUACAGUCAGAAAUAUAAUGGGAGGUAGGAGAGAUUCAGAAAAACAAUCUUCUGAAGUCCUCUGUGCAAGAAUGAGACAUUUUUGAUAUGUUUGUGAAUGAAAACUGUAGUAGCCCCAUCCAUUUGACACGAAAUGGACAGUCAAUCAAGUUGGAUUAUCAGAAGCUAGAACAAAUCUCUUCCCUGAAGCAGAUUCUCCAUGCAUCUCUCUCUCAUAUGCACAUGCCUGCAUCAAUGAACAAAGAUUAAGCUUUGACUUUAAUAUAUGUGCUUUGGAAAACCGAGGGGUCAUCAUGCAAUGUGUGCGAAUGAGUCUGAGUCACUAUUGUAUUAUAGCAUGCUUGGCAAUUCUUUAACACCUUUAGACUGUUUAAAACCUUUACAUGCAUUAUCCUGAGAGUCCUUACAACAGCUUAUGCCAGCAGCUUCUUGGCUUUGUACGUAGUGUUCUAGAUUUUUCUUUCCUUCCUUCCAUCCUAGUUAUUUUUUCCUCUCUUGCUUUUUUGAAAGUGCAUUUUAGCUCACAAUGUUCUGGGUACUCAUUUGCUUCUAUUCUGGUUAUUUUUUCUUCUUUUUUAUAUUUCAGCUGCUUAUAAUUGGUGGGUCUUUUGGGCUCCGUGAGUUUGCCCAAAUUCGCUAUGAUGCUCAGAAGCUCCACAGCAAGGUAAGCUGAAUUAUCCUCCCCUGUACUUGGAGAACACAAGCUUCAAGAGAACUAGACAAACUGUGUACCCUGGGUUCUGCCAAUCAGCACAGGCUUGCACACAUACAUGUAUGGGAGCUGAAACAUGAACACAUACUUAACCAAGGUGCUAUGGUUACUGAAAGUUGCACUCCCAGAUUAGGCCAUAAAGUCUAUUUCAUAAUAGCAGCAAACAGUCCAACAUACAGCAAGCAAAGGCACAGCUUGGAAAGUUGGGCUUUAAGUCCUAUUUUAUUUUUUUUAUUUUUUGUAGAGCAACGAAUCUGAAAUCUCUUGCAAAUUUUGUCAAACAUUGCAUUUUAAAAGGAAAUUUCUGAACAUCCUGGUUGAGGAGUUAGGCUUGAAAUAUAUGGGCAAUGGACGCGGGUGGCGCUGUGGGUAAAACCUCAGCGCCUAGGACUUGCCGAUCGCAUGGUCGGCGGUUCGAAUCCCCGCGGCGUGGUGAGCUCCCGUCGUUCGGUCCCAGCUCCUGCCCACCUAGCAGUUCGAAAGCACCCUUAAGUACAAGUAGAUAAAUAGGGACCGCUUACCAGCGGGAAGGUAAACGGCGUUCCGUGUGCUGCGCUGGCUCACCAGAUGCAGCUUGUCACGCUGGCCACGUGACCCGGAAGUGUCUGCGGACAGUGCUGGCUCCCGGCCUCUAGAGUGAGAUGAGCGCACAACCCUAGAGUCUGUCAAGACUGGCCCAUGCGGGCAGGGGUACCUUUACCUUUUUAUAUGGGCAAUGCAAUUAUGAACUGAAGCUUCUAGCUUGUGCAAAUUUCAUUACAGAUGAAAUUAAUUCACUGAGCACAACAUCUUGAUUUUCUUAGCAUAGAACUUGGUGUGCCUAUUUUUGUUUUCUUGGGUUCUAUAUAUUCCUAGUUUCUGAGUGUAAAUAACUGUGAAGUUAAAUUUGCAUUGCCUCAGCCCCAGUAUCAGUGCAUGGCAUCUUUGGGUUGCCGCUGGCAGAGCACACUGCUGCUGAACUGACACUUGCCUGACCCACUGCCAAGAAGUUUGGAGCCACCAUAUAAAAUUCUCCAUAACGCCCUGGAGUAUCAUUGCAUUGGAACCACUGUCGGAAAUUUUAAAUGGCAGUUCUAAUCUGCCCAAUGCUGAUGCAGCACUGUUGGCAGGUGCUGCUGCCAGGUAAGCCCACCAGACUCCUCUGAUGUAGGAGGGGAGCCCACCUAAAGCCACUUUGCUGAUGCCCCCCUCAAACCUGGAACUUGCCCUAGUAUUGACUAGGACAUUUGCAUUUUGCUGAGCUGUGUGUGUGCCCUCAGAGCAUUGAGACCCCAGGCAGCUGCCCUUUUGGUUCAGUACGUUUAAUUUCCUCACAGGCCGCUUUCUGUGUUAAAAUAUGUAUGGACUCUGUGCAGCGCUGAGGAGGUAAAGUCUGAAGGAUAGUGAACAAGAAAUAAAAGGCUUGGCUAGCUCUUUUGAGGUUUAGCCUUACAGGGUUGGGCUGCCUUCAAAAAGUUGGAGAAUUCAUAAAAAUAUUUCCUUGGUAUCGGAGAGUAGCAAGGACAUAAACAAGAAUGGCAUCUGUAAUACCGCUUAGUCAUGAUUUUGGUCACUGAGCAGAUUGCAUUAAACUGCUGCUCCUUAGAAAUUGUUUGUAGGCUUGCAUUGUGGAAGUUGCAUUGUGGACUUGCCUUCAAUUUAGGUCUAUUGGGCAGUGUGGCCUUAGAAGGAUGUUGGAAUAUUAUCUCCUGCUUUUUUAAUUAAGGCAAAUCAAAAACUGGAAAACAAUGUAUGAACUAUUAACUUCAUGGCAGACUUUACAGUGGUACCUCGGGCUAAGUACUUAAUUCGUUCCGGAGGUCCGUUCUUAACCUGAAGCACCACUUUAGCUAAUGGGGCCUCCCGCUGCCACUGCGCGGCGAUUUCUGUUCUCAUCCUGAAGCAAAGUUCUUAACCCGAGGUACUACUUCUGGGUUAGCGGAGUCUGUAAUCUGAAGCGUAUGUAACCUGAAGCGUAUGUAACCCAAGGUACCACUGUACUUGUUUAUUUAUUACCCUGGCAUUAAGGAUAUAAAUCCUCCCCAGGCAUCUUACAGAAACAUUAAAUUACAUUUUUUUAAAAAUUAACUAAUAAAAAGUCAUUGGGAUCCUUCCCCACAGGUAGUUGGUGGUAGAAAGACCUGACAGGAGCGGGGGCAGGGAUGGUUCAGUUGAUACAGGCUCUGAAGUGAUCUUUACCUGUAUACAUAGAAUCUAGGAACCUACCUCAGACCUCUGGUCCAUCUAACUCAGCUGGUACUGGCUGGCAGCAGCUCCUCAGGAUUUCAGAGAGGAUUCUCUCCUAGCCCUACCUAGACAUGCUGGAGAUUGAACUAGGGAGCUUUUGCAUGUAAAAGAUUCCCUCUUUCCCCCUACUUUCUUCUCUCUCUCUUGGAAAUAUUUCCAUAGGGUAAUUGGCGGUGGACAGCCCUGUAUUGGAUACGUGUGUAUGUGAGUGAGAGACAUAGAGUAAAUAACCAGUAAAGCAGAAGCAGACUCUACUAUUGUCUUCUCUUGUCUAGCCAGGCUUCCUACAUUUAAUUGGCUUUUCAGUAAACUAAUUGCAGUGACUUCAUGCGGCAGGGGAUUGAUGAUGAUCACUGAUCAUUUUCCCCCUCCCUUCUUGUUAAGCAGCUUAUUGUUAUUCAUCAGAAUUCUACUAACAAAAGUCAUUUGCUUAAUUUAAAUAAAUUUUGCUUUCAAGCCUAGUUCAUUGCUGCACAUCCCAGUUGAUGGAAGGUUUAAUGCAGUUGCAUAAUUAAUACUGCAAUUUUUGUUUUUCCUUUCAUGCAGAAUUGGACGUUGAUAGAAAUGGCUUUGCUUCUGGUGAAUAAUCUUAGACUCUAUUCAAGCCUUCAUUUUGAACCAAGCUAAGAGAGCACAGUAGAGAGGAGUGAAGGGAUGAUAUGCUUUUUAAAAAUACAUCAUGGCUUUACUGAGUAUCCCUUUUCAUGCAAUCAAUUACAGUGGUCCCUCUUUGGACACAUGCGGAAGUGCUAGUAUGAGCCCAAGCUGUUGUACAUAGAUGGAGCCCCAGCUGUUCCCAUGAUAACAGUAGCUGGAGAAAAUGUGGCAACAAUGCUGGCUGUGUGUGUUGUUUUUGAAUGUUCUGUGAUCAGAUCAUCUAGCCUGUUUAAGGCUGUGGGAUAUUCAGGACAGAUAAAACUUCUUAACACAGUCCAUAGUUAAGCAGUAGAAUUCUCUACCACAAUAUGUAUUGACAGCCACCAGCUUGAACAGCUUUGAAAGAAGGGUUAGACAGAUUCAUGGAAGAUAAGGUUUCUAGGUUUCUCGUCAAUAUGUAAUCUCCAAGUCAUGUUGUUACCUCCAAAAUCAGAGGUGGCAUGCUUCUGAAUACAAUUGCUGGGGAUCACAAGCAGGAGUGUGCUAUGGCGGUUGUGUUCUGUUUGUGGGCUUCUCAUAGGUAAGGCCGGAGAAGAAAUUUGGUUUGCAUUUUAAUGCAAACACAUCCAGUUCACACAUCGCAAAACAAUAUGUAAACAAAACACAGCUAUCCUUGAAAAUCAGCACUUCUCUGAAUUUAGCGAUCCAGUUCUCCAAUCAAAAAUGUCUGUACUAGGGCAAUGCGUGCCGUUAAAUGUACAAAAAUGCAUUAUAUUAGGGAAGGUGCUUGCAAAAAUGUGUAUACUGGGUAAAAUUGUGCAUGAGAAAUGCACACUAAAAUGCAAAAAAUAAAUAAAUCAUAAAGACUUUUAAAGUAAAUAAAAAAUCUCAAACUGAUGUGGAAAUGUACCAAAAUGAAUUUAAGAUUGGAAAAAUAAGAACAUGAGCAAACCCAAAAUUGACAGAUAGGCCCAUUCAUUUUCAAAGAUCUAGGUAGUCACUGUGAGAACAGAAUGCUGAACUAGAUAGGCCUUCAGUCUGAUCCAGCAAAGCUCUUCUUAUGACAGGUGGAGGCUCAAAAAUUGUGUUCUAUACAGAGAAGCUGAAAUAAUUUUAGAUGAGAUAAAGUGGCCUGAAAGUUCCUGCUGAUAUAGCUAUGUGUUUGUGACAAAUUCUCAGAAUUGCUUUAAUAUGUUACCACCAAGAGCCCUUCUAUAUUCACACGAAAGCAGCUGCACAUUUGGGGUAUAUUUCAUAUUUCCUUGAUACCUCUUUUUGGCCAAGGUCCCCAAAGCGAUGAUGAGAUUAAUAGAUUUGUUACGAUCUUCUCAUUAUCAGGGUUAGAAUGUUGGAGUUGUACCCAAUGCUAUACUCUGAGUAGAUCCAUUUGAAUUAAUGGACCUGACUAACUUAGGUCCGUUCAUUUAAAUGGGUCUACUUUGAGUAAAAUAUAGUUAGCCACAUCAGGGUGUAGUAAAUCCAUGCUGGUACAUGUACUUCAAAUGGUUAUAUGAAGACUGAAUGUUGGCAGGUGCAGCUUUUUCUUUUCUUCACCUGCAUGAGAAGCUGUACCUCUUAUGGUUAUUAUGUACAGUAUGUCCUUUUUUCUGUCUGGUCAUCAUAGCAAUUUUUUACCCAUGGCAAUUGAUGACGGUUCAGGCUAACUGUGAUUCCUAAAAACUCCUAAUCUUUGCCACCCUCAAAUGAAAAAGCUAGAAUGCAGAUGAAAAAGCCUGAAUGCAGUGGUCCAAAAAUAUACAUAUAACAAUGUUGGCAAUUUUAUCAAUAAUAUUUUGAAUGCAAAUUUUCUGAAUCGUAACUUCUCUAGAUGUUUCUAAUGACACUUUCCAAGAAACUGGAAUAUUAGCUACAAAAACAAAAUGGUAUUAUUAUUAUUUUUUAAAAAAAUCAAAUGCUUCCUGGAAAUAUAAAAACGAGUAAUAGAAAUGCAUACAUUCUCAUUUUACCUACAGAUUUGGAAGUGAGAAUUUGUAAAGCACUUUGAACAUGAAAAAUACUAUGUAAAUGCUUAAAAUUCUUGUGUUAUUUCUUGUUGCUAUAGAAGUUCACUAGAUGUCAGUAUAGAAGUUUCUUUGACUAGUAUUUAGUGAAUCUUGAAGUGAAUCCUUCUUUAUUGCUAUGCCAUUUAAGCCCUAAGGAAAAGCAAAUUAGUUUGAUUUAAAGACCUGAUACCUUCAAUGAAAUAUUGAAGAACAUUUCACUAGACUUAUCGGCCAAAAGGCUGUGACUAAAUUCCACAAUUUAUUUACAUAUAUGUAGGGUUUGUAACUCUAUUAGACUUCCAGGUUGCUCCCGCAUAAGCACCAUUUUGAAAUUUAUCUUGGCAGUGUAGUAGUAGUAGUAGUAGUAGUAGUAGUAGUAGUAGUAGUGUUUGGUUAGAUACUGUACAGUAAUUACUUGUAUCCUGAUAGAAUUGGAUUGCUGUUUGUUUAUUUGAACAUACUCAAGGAGGCCUGGGCCUUUGGAUUGUGUCAUUUCAGCCUCCUCAGUUAUUUUUUACCAGGUACUCCAGUGCAACUGUGGCAUCAAAAGACAACAAACUGUUCCAGUGUAGAGUAGGGCCGGCUACAUGAAUAAUGGGAAGACUGGAAAAUAUAUUUUAAAAUGGUUUUAACUACAGAGGUGGGGUUUUGGGUUUUUGUUUUUUUUUAAGAGUUAGGAGACAUGCUACAGAUAUAAUUGUGAUGACCCAGCAGAUUUCCUCUUUAAAGACACCGCAGUAGAUGAGACUUAAAGUUGCACGCUUGUCGUUUUAAAGACUUCAAAUCCUAGCAGAAAAUGUCAGUGAAUUUUUCAUACAAUUACGCAGUUUUUGAAGAACAGAAGAAAAGAAGGGAAGUUUUGAAACACUGCACUAUGUAACAUUUCCUCUUUCUCGGCCCAGGCCUCGAGGGCAUUUCAUUUUAAAUCCUGCACUUCAGGCUAUUUAAGUGGUUUGUAAAAGAACAGGUAUAGCAUAUUAAAGAGGCUUUGCAAAGGCACCUUGAGGAAUUGUCUUUUAAUAUUUUAAACAUAGGUGUCUUACUUUUCUUACUCCCCUGCCCUAUCUACCUCCAUUAUGUUCAGGAUGAGUCAGCCGGCUCUUCAGCAGCAGAGUUCCAGUUCCAAAAGAGUUCUGCAUUUUUCAACAGCAGUCCUGCUUUUUUACACAGUAGAGUAUAUGCCAGCCCCAGAAUUUUUAAUUGAAAAAGUAGUAAAUGGAAGCUCUAGAUAAAUAGGAUAUUUUAUUUCCUCUAAACCUGUGGUUUCCAACGUAGGGCACUCGCCCCCACAGGGGGGCAAAUUGAUUUUUAAGGGGGGCAAUUCGAGAAUGAGUUAUUAACAGUGAAUAGCCUUUUAGGCUUUCUCCACGUGAAUAGGAGUUUGAAUAAUAAGAAUUAUAUGUCACCGGGGUGGGGGUGGGCAAUCACGAUUUUAGAGAUGCUUUGGUGGGGCAUGGCCAAAAAAAAAAAAAAGGUUGGGAACCACUGCUCUAAACCAAGGGCUUCUUUUACAUUCACUUGUUAAUUUGAGAGGGGUACAUCAUUUCACUAACUGUGUCCCACAGUGCGUGCUCUCUUCUUUCUUUGCACCCCCACAGCUUCCUUUGAACUCUUCCUUUUGUUAACCACCCCUCCUUUUCUAUUUCUCCUCUAUAACACUUCUCCUUUCUCAUUCUGCUCCACUCCGAUUUGUUUGCACCCAUAUCUGUUAUUGAUUUCCGUUCUGUGCAGAAUUUUCUGAAUUUCACAUUCUCCUCCGCUUUUCUCAUCAGAUGAAGUCCAACAUUGUUCUAAAGCAGGGGUCAGCAACCUUUUUCAGCCACGGGCCGGUCCACCAUCCCUCAGACCAUGUGGUGGGCCGGACUAUAUUUUUUUGCGGGGUGGGGGUGGGGGAGAACGGAUUUCUAUGCCCCACAAAUAACCCAGAGAUGCAUUUUAAAUAAAAGGACACUCAUGUAAAAACACACUGAUUCCCGGACCGUCCGCUGGCCGGAUUGAGAAGGUGAUUGGACCGCAUCCGGCCCACGGGCCUUAGGUUGUCUACACCUGUUCUAAGGCAAUCAUUCAUCAGUGUAAACAUGGAUGGAACAGUUUUUCCUCUCCUACCUCCAUGCACUGUUACGGGGGCACUCCUGACCACCCCGAGCCAAUCGGGGGGGCACAUGGGGAAUGAGGAGGGAACCCAGUGCACUAGUGAGUUUCGUUGUGCUGGCUCCUGCGAUUUCCAUGACUACAUAGGCCAAAACCAGUGUUACUUCAGUUAGCUUAUUUUAUUUUGAUACUCAUUUAAAUUGAUAUUUUUUGGUUGCUUAUUUGUUUUUAAUUGGACUGCAAGCUGUAGGAGUUGUAGAACUGAAGGGCAGGAUAACAAAUAAUUAUACAUAAAUAAAUUCAUAUACAAAUAUGAAACAUUAUAGGGUAAAUUGUCAUGUAUGUGUAUUAGUUAAAUAAAUAAUUGCUAUUUAAAUUUAAUCAUUUAAAAUUACACACAUAUUGGUGGUAUUAUUCAGAUCUCUCUUCCUCUUGUAGAGUGGCAGGGCCCAGAUCCCAGGCAAUUGAAAGACAAGAAGCAAACAGGUGGCUGAAAAUGAGGGGGAGAAGUUGGACAGGAGGAGAAGCCUCUGCUACUUACAUCUUUUCAGAGUAAAGCAUUGAUUUUAUUUUUUUACAGUCAUUUGAGUAUGUGUAGUGGGAUGCCUUAGGGGUUACUUGCUUUUUCUUUUUCCAUAUAUAGCUGAGGUAGGAAAGAAAUCCAUGAAACGAAUGCACAGAAAGGUGCAAUAGGUUCACACAGGCUAGACUUCAUAGCUUAACACGAGGGAGUUGGAUAAGUUCUGUAGCUGAGCGUGACCAGAGAAAGGUGAUGCACUGUGGAAUUUGUUAACAUUUAGGACACAUUCCAAGGCUUGCCCUUCUUUUUCCCUUGGAGGACUUGGGUAGUGGAAAAACAAUUCAUCCUGUACUUCACAAACAAUUUUAACUCUCCUUUACUUGCUUCCUGAACAGAUAAUAGAAGUGAUAUUCUGAACCUCAUAUCAUGAAUAUUUGGGAUAGCUACUGACAGCUAGUAAAAUUCUAUUGAAUGAGAGUGUGAAAAUGAUAUGGAGUGUCUUUUGGAAGAUUAAACUUGUAUUUAAGACCUCACCGUGCAGGCAGUUUAAAGACCACAUUUAGCCAUUGCUAUUUAUCACUGAAAAUGGGAGAAUGCAGAAACCCACGAGGGAGUGGGUUGUAUUGUAUUCUGAACACAAAAUUCAGAGCACAUUUUGAUGCUUUAUGAAUGAAUGUGAAAAUGGGUGUGCUAUAUAAAACAGUGGUGGGGAACCACCAGCCCAUGGGCCUAACAGCAGCCUUAAUUUGGCCCACAAGGUCAUUUCCCCCAAGCCACACCCACUUGGCCUACACCUGACACCAUAUACAUUGUCAGGUAUGGAGCAAGUAAAUAUGCAAUUCCUUCCAAAAGUAGAUUUUGCAGUCUGAAAUCCACCCCCUGGGCAAAGUAAAGUCUUCAUCUGAUGGCAGUGGCUUUGUCAGGAGUUGGGGAAGGUGAGGAUCCAUCCUGCGAUCUGGAAAAGAUUCCCCACUCCUGCUCUAAGGCAAAAUGAAAAAAUGAGUAAAUCCUUGCGGAGGUUAUGAAAGACAUAAGGAGAAACACUCACUAGAAUCAACUGCAGGACAGACUCAAGAUAUAGUCAUAUUAGUGAAAGUCUUCACUGGUAUGCAACUUUAGUGGUGUGCAACUAUUCUCCUAUUUGGAUAUGGCAACAUAGCAAAAGGAAGGGGAGAUGGCAGGGCCACUUUUGCCUGCUGGGCAAUUUAUAUUGUUUUGGGGGAAGAUAACCAAAAGGAAGCUAAAAGCUUUGCAAAAUGUGAUGAUUGGUUCCUGGUGGUUGCAAAUAAUGGUAGGUAUUGGGCAUGCUCUGUCUCUGAUAUUGCAUUGAUCAAGAGUGGAUAUGUGAAUUGAUAAUCUUUACCUUUAGACUCAAUAAAUUGAUCGGCUAAUUUAUAGUCUCCUGAAUCCAUUCUCUUCAACCAUGUCAAUGCCGCCUACAUAGACGCAAUUAUCUGAGAGGUUCCCCAGAUUCAAGCCUUGAGUUAAAAAGCACACAGUAAAAGCAACCUCUGCUGGAACCUAGGAUUCACCGUGUAUGCUUCCUUUCAUGAUUGAUGCCGGGACAAGGAAAGAAAUUAACUUCUUUUCCCCUCUCAGGAUGAAAGCUGAAUUCAUUUUAUACUUGGUGGGUUAUGACAGGAAAGGGAUCUCCGUUUGUAAACAGUACCGUUUGUAAAUAAUUAUUUCUGGGGUGAAGACAACUGUUCUAAAUGUACUGGAACUGUCUAGCAGUGUAAAUUAGUUUUGUAGCCCAUAAAAUCCUGCAGUACAAACAUUUGUUCAGUUAUUGCCAACCUCUGGGUAGAAUGUGGCCAGUUUUACCUGACAACAGUCCAAGGUCCACUAAAACGUCUUGGGCUGAGGGAGCUGGUUAGGAACUUGGGCACACAGUUGACCUCCAAAGUCAUGUUUCCUUUUUCUUUUUGUAAUAUGUUAUGGGGUCAAUAUCAGCCAGGCCUUAGACAAAGCAGAUUUUGUUUUACUGUGAAUCUCAGUCCGUUGGCACAGAAAUUGUAUCUAUAAAUACAUAGUGGGUAUGAAAUGCUUCUGCAACACAGGAAUGAAUUCACUGCAGUGGUUGAUAGAGAUGGUGUCCUAAGCAGGCGUGGGGGUGGGGAUCCUCAAACAUCAAAGGAUCUUUUCUCUUAUUUCUGAUUGCUGAAUGAAACUGACAUUGCCAGUCUGCUUUGGAGACCUGCACUCUGUGCUAGUCUUACUCCCCCUUCCUUCUUUAUUCUUUCUGAAAACAGAGAGUUGCAUUUAUGCAGUUCAGAUCUUGCUUUGAAACUAGAUUAUUCUUGGACCAAAAUGAGCCAUUGUGGAGAUUUAACUAUCAUAAGGUAUAUAUAGCAGUAGUAUAUGCAAAUUUCCUUAUUUAAAAUGUUCUGUGCUCACGAGCUUUGCCUUUUUUUUAAAAAAAAAAAGUUUAACUGCUCCCAUAGGUACCCCACUGUAAUAACAAAAUUUUAUUUGUGGCCCCCUUGGCCUCUCCAAAAUCUGGUCUUUUAAAAAAUAAAUAAAUAAAUAAAUAAAUAAAUAAAUUACUUUCAUUUAACAAUCACUCAUCUCGUUCCUUGCUGUGAGUCUGUCAUCCUUCACCUACUGAGUCACAUGUGGGUAGGGCAGUGGUUCCUAAAUAUAACUACCUAUCAUAGUUGUAUUCUAGCUCUAAGGUGACAAUUUGGAAGGGGAAUUAAGCACAGAUGUCCUCUCUCUCCUUUAUUGAGACCAAGAUGGAAUUGUUAGGAUCACAGAUGUGUUUGAAAAUAGCACAUCUCUGCCCCACAACAUACUGUUGACUAUUGCUAGAGGCUCAGGGGGAGACUGGCUCCAGACAGUUAAGAUGAAGAGUACUCACAGGUCCCUAAAGUUCUUUUCAAAAACUAAUGGCAAUAAAGCACCAACCACAGAAAGAGCAUCAGCGCUGUACGAUAUGCUACUAGAUGUCCCAAAUAUUUGGGAUACCCUAGCUUAAGGCAAUGUCUGAGAGUUUUGAACUUGCUAAGCCUGGGAGGUAUUCUGGUGGUGGUGGGUUUUCCUUGGAGCUAACUGUUGGACAAUCUUACUUAAUUCUUCAGAAUGGCUAGGAAAUAACUGAAAAGAGAGCAUGUCCCCCAUUCUUCGCUAAGGACAAUGUAAUUUGGGAAACUGUAAUUUGAGUCGGAGACUAUGAUCAAUAGAGAGACUUAAGUUUUAAGAUUCUGUAAGCUAAGUGCAUCAGGGGAUAGGGCUGCCUCUAUGUGAAGAUCCAAUUUAGCUGUCCAUUGGAGGGUCAAGCUGUGACUCCACCUGUGUUCAACCUGUAUAUAAAUAAAGUAUUACAAAAUAGCAUAAGCCUCUAGUGACGUCCUUCCAAGGGAAACCAAAUCUGAAUGAGCACUGUGCUGCUAAAAGGAACUAUUCAGCCCUAGGAGACGUUGGAGAUAAAUCCGAAUGGUCGGUUCAUUGUUUGAAUUUCAUUAGCGCUGUGUUUGAAUGUGAGAGCUGGGCUUUUCUUCCAAGUCUCUAGAAUGCCAGUCUGCAGUUUCCAAGGUGGAUUCCCAAAGGGAGGAUUCUUGCAUUCAUAUUCCUGGUGUGAUCCAUUCUGAGACACUGAGUUUAAGCAAGCCUCUUGCAAUCUUAAAUUGUUUAGUUUGUGAUCAAAACUGAACUAAAGGAGUUCAUUUUCAUUUUUAGAAGAGAGAGGUAAUUGUGUACAUGUCCCAGUUUCCUACUUUAUGAAUGAAAAUGUAUGAGAGACAUCUUCAAUGAUCUGUUUUUCAUAUGCAGAUCAUCUUUUCCCUUCUACAUUUCUUUAGACUUAAGGUGUAGUACCAUCAAGGUGAAAUGCUGUGGAUUUUAAGUGGAGCAUUCUUUGCAGAAGUCUCUCUGCUUCAGAGAUAUUGCCAGAAUCUACUGUGACAAAGAGCCAAUUGGAAAUGCAGUUCUUGAUUCUUCUCCUAUGCAGAGGAACAGCACACUGCAACAGACUGAAAGGGAUAUUUCCUGUUUUGAAUGUUUUUUCAAAACUUAAAUGUACAGUGUUUGAUUGUUAUUUUCUGGUCUUUUUGACUUGGCAGAUUGAUCCAGCUCUGGCAGAAAGAAUCAAGAAGAAUAAAGUGACUCUGGAAUCGGAAUAUGAGGUAUGGUUCGCUGCAUGUUCUAGCACUGAAGGCUUUUCUUUGCUACCCUUCACUAGUGAUAAUAAUGGUGUUUCUUCCCCUAGCUAAAAUUAAAACAGCCCUGGCUUUGAUUCAUGGGCAUCCAGUAAAAGCAGCCUUUGCUUUUGGAUAGAAGCAAUAUUUGAGAGUUCAAAGCCUUUUAUAGCACUCCUCUUCUUUGAUGUCCGCCUGCCAAAUACAACACUGCAAAUACAUUUUAACUGUUCCUGUGGUUAGUCUAUAAAAGAUUUGCAGGUCUGACUGGAAUGUGCAGGAGUCUCCAUUUAUAUCGCUAACAUUAUAAUGGGAUCCAUGUGGCUAAUUGCAAAACCAUAUGAUUGCUUUAGUGACACUGGCUGUUAAAUAAUUGUUCUCUCAAACCACUUGUAACAUUUCAGGUUUUCUGGCUCUCUUUUACAGCAUUUAUAUAUAUAUAUAUAUAUAUAUAUAUAUAUAUACACUCUUGCAAAGAAAUGUUUUUCAUUUCCUUGGGAAAUCUUUGGUGGCAGUUGUGGUGGGGAGACUGUGGAAUUAAACAUUAAUUUCAUCUCCGUCAGGAGAGGCUUCCAUAAUUUUUUCUGUACUUGACCUCAAUCUCACCCCCCUCCCCCAAAUCCCUAGUAUGUUACAGGUCCCAAGGAGCACCAAAGAGGGUUGGGACCAAUGUAGAUUCAGCCCUCUUCUGGUCUUUGUGUAUGGUCUCUUGUGCAUAUUAAUACCAGUGGCUGGGGAACAUGAGUAAGAGAGUGAAACUGUGCUUAUGUGUUGUGGGUUUCCCUUAAGCAUCUGGGUGGCCACUGUGAGGAAAAGGAUGCUGGACUCGAUGGGCCUUUGGGCUGAUCCAUCGGGGCUCUUCCUACAUUCUUAGGCAUUUCCUGUAAAUAACCCUUUCACUUCAAGCUUUACUAUUCACCUGGGUGUAAAAACAAACAAAAGCCCAACAAUAAUCCUUGGAGACAUGCUUAAAAAUGCAUUUCAUUCUGCAUCGUUUGGGUGACAGAAAGCAUCAUUCUUUGCAAGUGGAAUGAAAUUGUUUGCCUCAAACUCAUAACUUAAAAAUCCAUUAACACACAAUUCUGUUGCCUUUCGAGAGCCUUUUGUCUUCUAUAUUCCCUUGCUGGUUAUUGUAACUCUGCUCUGAUUUAUUUAUGUAAAGAAACCAUCAUAUAAUGCAAAGAAGAGGCUCUCUCCUUUACACUUGACACACAACUCAUCUCAGAAUUGUGUGCCGAUUUGGAUAUGCAGUACUUUCUCCCCACCAGGUUUUAGUAGCUGCUUGAAGACCAGUAUUUAGAUUGCCAGAAUGGUAUUGAGUCUCAUGGGUAAUUCAGAAGUAAUGACACAAAAGUGGCACAGAGAAACAUGAAAUUUUAAAACAUUAAAUCUGUUCAGAUGAUGCUUGCAAGAAUUGUACUAGAUGAGGAAGUGGCUGAAAAAUCCUUCUGCUUUGCCUGAAAACCCACUGAGGCCAAAUCCAAACAACUCUCAUAGUGGAAGGGAAUUUAAAUUGUCUCGGUUUUGAAAGUACCUUAUAAUCAAUGGGGUUUCGCUAAAUACAUGUACACAGAGCUGUAAACUCACAAGGUGUUGGGCUUCUUUAAUUAUGCGGCUGUGUAGAGGGAAUUCAAUCUAGCCAGCAGCUGGUAGUGGAGGGUUUUCUAUUAAAAAUUUUUUUUUGAUCCAACACUACAAAUAGUGCGUUUCCAAAAGAGAAUCACAGAACACAGGGCUGAAGAAGCUUCAGCUGGUUGUUGGACGUUUGGGAAGCAGUGCACAAGGUCCCUGUUGACCAAGCACCCUCCUUUCCUACCCCACACCUGACAUAAUGUAUGAGGGCAGGUGGCCAUGUCUUGCCCAAAGCAGCCUCGUGGGUCACAUGGGGAGACCUGUUGGGUCAAAACUGACUCACAGGCAAGAGGCUCCCCACCCGUGAAUUGAGUUCUUUUUUGAAAUACAAAGAGGAACAUAGUCUUUAAAAUAUGUAUAAGGAGUGGGUAGAUUUCAGAUUUGCAUAAUCUGAUACCCCUCUCCACCCCUGCUCUGAACUCUUAUACCUGUCAACUGGAACCUGGUGCCAAAGACAUACACUUAGAAUUAAAGAAUUUUUUAGAAGAACAAAAACAUAAUAAAGCUUACAGACCUUCUACACAAAACUCCACUUCUGGUUACUGCCGCCCCAAUAACUUUUUUUCAUUUUAGCAGUUGGAAGCGGGGAUAGACAUUUGCUAUUGGGAGUCGGAAAUCCUUGCCAGUUUUCCAGAAGUUGCUCUGAGUUCUGCCAGUAGAUCCUGAUCCACCUUGGGCCCACCCCUGUUUCUGAAUUUACAGAAGGUUUCAACUUAGUACUUGUACCAUAUAUUUCAAGAAGGCGCUUACGCCUCUGAAUAAUUACAAAGCUGUAUUGUAUAAGCUCUUGGGCUCCAUGAUCAUUGCAGAUGGUGACAGCAGUCACGAAAUUAAAAGACACCUGCUUCUUGGGAGAAAAGCAAUGACAAACCUAGACAACAUCUUAAAAAGCAGAGACAUCACCUUGCUGACAAUGGUCCGUAUAGUUAAAGCUAUGGAUUUCCCAGUAGUGAUGUAUGGAAGUGAGAGCUGGACCAUUAAGAAGGCUGAUCGUCGAAGAAUUGAUGCUUUUGAAUUAUGGUGCUGGAGGAGACUCUUGAGAGUCCCAUGGACUGCAAGAAGAUCAAACCUAUCCAUUCUUAAGGAAAUCAGCCCUGAGUGCUCACUGGAAGGACAGAUCCUGAAGCUGAGGCUCCAAUACUUUGGCCACCUCAUGAGAAGAGAAGAUGCCCUGGAAAAGACCCUGAUGUUGGAAAAGACUGAGGGCACAAGGAGAAGGGGACAACAGAGGACGAGAUGGUUGGACAGUGUUCUCGAAGCUACGAACAUGAGUUUGACCAAACUGCGGGAGGCAGUGGAAGACAGGAGUGCCUGGUGUGUGCUGGUCCAUGGGGUCACGAAGAGUCAGACACGACUAAACGACUAAGCAAUUGUAUAAGAUGUGCAAAGUUCUGCUUUGGAUAUGGUGUUCAAGAUCUCAAGGGAGAGCUACAAUUGGUGCAUAUGUUUAUAUAGCAAAUGACUGCACUUUCAGGUCUAUCAUGAAUUCUAUCCUGUCUUGUGUUGUGGGAGUAAGCUCCUUCCCCCAGUUUCCCCCACAUCCACCUACAGAGUUUAAAGCAUUCUGCUCACACACUUAUAUGUUCUUAUGCAGUCAGCUAGGCCUGGCUGUCUCAUUUGCCUAAUAAAUCAUUGCUCUUUCUAUAAGUGCCACCAGAACUAAUGGGAAUGUAGCUCUGCUUCUGGGAUGCACCUUGUAAAGCAGAUUGUAAAAAUGCAAAGCAUAGCAUUUCAUGCUUGGACACCGUGGUCUGCAUUAUUUGAAGCGGCGGGGCACGGGUGAAAAUCCAAAAAUAAACCAACACGGGUACAAGUGGCAAAUGAAUCCCUAACAGAUAAUUUGCUUUAAAUAGUCAACAGAACUGCAGGCUUAAAAACACACACCUUGAAAUAACUUCCUCAGAGCUACAAAGUAGCAUAUUUAUGUUAAUUUUUUUUUUGUCUUGCUUUUUCUCUGAGGAACUCAAGAGCAGCCAUUUAGGCUAAGGUUAUCAGAUUUUUUUUCAAUGAAUCCGGGGACACUUAUCAACUCAGUUGGUUUUGUAUGGGGACUGAUUUGUAAAUCUGGGGACUGGCCCCAGGAAACAGGGACGUCUGGUAACCUUAAUUUAGGCCUUAUACUCACAAAGGUGUCAAAUUUGUGCCUGGGCUAUGCCAUUUCAGACUUCAGGUGGGGCCCAUGCUGAAUUCCUUCUGCAGAAAAAGUAGAAUGUCAGCAAGAAGGGCUGUAGCCUAGACACUCAAUUCUUGCUUUCUACAUGGAGUUACAGUGGAGCAUUCAGUCAUUUGAACCUCCACCUGAUGACUGAAGUGAUAGGCCUUUGCCUCACAGCAAUCAUAAAAUCAUAGAAUCGUAGUUGGAAGGGACCCAAGGGUCAUCUAGUCCAACCCCCUGCAAUGCAGGAAUCUCAGCUAAAGCAUCCAUGACAGAUGGCCAUCCAACCUCUGCCUAAAAAGUAAGGAGAGUACUACCUCCUGAGGGAGACUGUUCCACUGUCGGAACAGCUUUUACCAUCAUAAGGUUUUUCCAUAUGUUUAGUCGGAAUCUCCUUUCUUGUAACUUAAAGCCAUUGGUUCGAGUCCUACUCUGCAGAGCAGCAGGAAAUAAGCUUUCUCCCUCUCCCCUGUGACAGCUCUUUAGAUAUCUCCUCUCAGUCUCCUCUUUCCCAGGCUAAACAUACCCAACUCCUUCAACCGUUCCUCAUAAGGUUUGGUUCCCAGACCCUUGAUCAGUCAGGUGAGGACAGAAGCAGACAUCGCAAGAGCUCCAAAGCAGCAGCCCUUCUGUUGCCACCGCUUUCUCUCUUACCCCAUAAUAACUAGCCUUACAAAAUACAUUGCAGGAUGUCACUUUGAGUUCCCCUGCCCCUUCACGUGGAAUUGGAGCAAGAGAAUACACAGCAGAGUGAGAGGUCACCACAUGUUUUGCAGUAACGGACAUGGACAGAGAGGGGAAAGUAGAUGUGGGGCUGCUGCUCUCAUCACAAAAGGCAUGUGGCUGCUGCUGUCUGAUUCUGGUCUGAGGCGAUAUGGAACCCUCUGAAACAAUGGGGCCAAUGGUGGUAGAGGCUGCAGGGGAAGGGGGAAAUCGGCAAAGGUAGCUUCCCCAUCCCUGUCGGUGGGCUCUCUCCACUGGGUCAAAAGCCUUCAAUGGAUGUGUGAAGCCUUUCCAUCCAUGAAAGUCAAAGUCUUCUGGGUACAGGCAAGUGACGUGCCCAAGGCAACCCAGUUGUGGUGGGUACCAUAUUGGCCCAACUAUAAGCCGCACCAGCAAAUAAGCUGCACCUUUAAAAUUUAAGGCUUAUUUGCGGGUGUGGCCUGCCUCCUAGCACUACUGCCCUGAACUAGGGAUGGGGAUGGGUUUCCAGCGCUCAGUGCCCCGCUCCCCAAGACGGUGUCGGCACUUGGCUCCGAGUAUAAGCCACAUUUUAACUUUUCACAGUUGGAACUUGGGGGGGAAAGGGCAGCUUAUAUUCAGGCCAAUGCAGCGUUUUGUUUCCCACCAACAAGCCCAACACUCUGACUCCUGUACCACACUGCGUAUGUGUAUUAAAUAUGUCUUGCUUAUAACUGGAAUAAUGCAUAGAGGAAUUGAAAGAAAGAAUCUGUUUCCCCUCUUUUUCCAAUUCUUUUUGUCCACACUUCCUCUUGUCAUUUUCAUCUUUCUCAUUAGUCUGUUGGAACAACUUGCUCAAGCAGGUCCCAAACACCACACCCUGGAAGUAAAAAUCUUAAUAUUUUUACAUGUAUUGUACCCUGUUUUUCUGCUUUUAUAUUGAUUUCCUCAUAAGAAAACUAAUAAUUGGAUAGCUUCAGCAAUUCUAGGGAAGAUAUAGUAUAGUAAAAUAAAGUCAGACACCAUGCACGUGUUGUGUGGGUGGGUGGGUGCACAAACGCACACACUUUUUCAGUGGGGUAGGUGACAGUUUUACCUCCAAACUUAUUAGCCUCCAGGUCUGGGGUCUGCUUUGCUUCUGCCUCUUCUCAUUCAUUCUUUCUGAACCUGUAAAUGUGCGAAUUAACAGUUUUCCAGAAAGAAACAAUAACAGACUGUCCCUUCUGAAUGGAUGUGACAAGAGAAAGAGGCAAGAAAACCCAAGUUUCACUAAUGCUGUACCUCUAAAGACUCUAAACUAAUGGCUCCACAAUGCUCCUUCCUGCUUGGGCAUGGUUGGCAGCAGGGGAAAUUGUCCCUGUUUAAAUGGAGCCAAUGUGAUGUAAAAUAAAUAACUUAAUCCCUGUGACAACACAGUACCUGACUUUGUCUGAUGUCUAUUCAUUUGCAAAGUGCAAAAUAGCCCAGGGUCUAGCUGAGCAGAGGUUGUUUUCUCCUCCUUCCACCUAACAAUCCUUUGCUUGUCUUGAACAUUUAAGCUAACCCUCUUUGGGAUGGAGCUUGAGGGAACCAGCUGGAUCUCAAGUGUGCUUGGCGCUUGAGCCUUGCCUCUGCUAGAUACUCACCUGACCUGGAAGCUUGCACAGGCCUUUCCCAAAAGUGACAGUUCUAUCGCAUAUACUGUCAAGUCGUUGCAUAUCUCUGUCUAUUCCAAUUCAUGGUGCUUGCAGGAGGUUAUAUUGUCUUUCUGUCGUGCAGAGACUGCUUCCUUACACUUAUCUGCAUGGAGAAAAGCCAGCUGGGAAGUAGCAAAUAUGGACCCUGCAAUAUCAUGGAAAAUUGGGAGAGGGAGCAAAGGAACACCCACAUUUUUCUUCCAAGCACAAGCAUUGGUGGAUCACAGGGGAAGUAGCCGACCUUGCCUGAGUCUCUCAUCUUAUCUCUGACUGUUACGGCAUGCAUGUUUUCUCAAAAGUAUUGAUGCAUCCAGUCUUCUCCACCUUACAUCAAUCAAUCAAUCAAUCAAUCAAUUAAGGAUUAAGUCAUCCCCCUUGAACUACCUCCUUCCUAUAUGCACCUUAAUCAAACUUGUUGAAGACACCCUAAUUCUUGUACUGAAAUUGUGUACUUGUCCCCCUCUACUCCAGUUCCCCGUUGACAUGUAGUGUAACUCAAGACCACACAGCAUGUGAUCAGUGGAAAACUCAGUUUAGGUGACUUCAUUCACUCUCCCCGUUCCCCCCGAAGACACGUGCACUUCUGAGGGGUGAAAAAGGUGUUCAGGGCCCACACACAAUUAGGUGUUUUUGUCAAGCAACUGGUACACACUGGAUGGGUUAGCUUCAUGCUAGAAGGGAGGAGCUGAUCUUGCUCAGCCAUUAAGUGAUGGCAUCACACUUGGGGAAUGGGAACUGAGGCAAAGAGGGAGAGGCCUUUCAUACCUCAUACUAGAGUAACUGAGCCAAAGGAACUGAAGAUUUCAAGCUAUAUAUGGGAUAGCCAUAGGCUGCACAUGCUAUACCUUCAAAGCACAUUUGAAGCUCAUUUUCCCCUCCCAAGAACUCUAGUUUACCCCCUCACAGAGUUACAGUUCCCAGCAACCCUUUAACAAACUACAGUGCCCAUAAUUCUUUGAGGGAGGGAAUGUGCUUUGAAUAUGCUCUAAAGGUAUAGUGUGCAAGCAGGCUAAGUUGUCUACAUAGACAUUCUGUAAACUCUAGACUUCAAGCUGAAACUACACAUGCAAAUAAAAGAGGUGGUAAAGCCUUGGUGAAAUAGGCUGCAUCAUUUCAGGUUGCUUGCAGUGGAUAUUUCUGACAGAAAAGAGAAAUACAAUCCGCACAGCAGAUUCUAGCCCCUACCUUGUAUCUCCACAAAUUCUCCAAGGUCAUUUCUUCUGGCUUUCUUUUCUUUUAUGUGUGGAAGCAUUCUAAAAAUGAUAUUCCACCGCAUGAAGCCUUCUGUCCAGACUUCAUCACCUCUUUCUGCUGAAUGAGUAAAGGUAAAGAUAAAGGGACCCCUGACCGUUAGGUCCAGUCGCGGACGACUCUGGGGUUGCGUGAUCAUCUCGCUGUACUGGCCGAGGGAGCCAGCUUCCGGGUCGUGUGGCCAGCAUGACUAAGCAACUUCUGGCGAACCAGAGUAGCUCACAGAAAUGCAGUUUACCUUCCCGCCGGAGCGGUGCCUAUUUAUCUAUUUUGCACUUUGACGUGCUUUCGAACUGCUAGGUUGGCAGGAGCAGGGACCGAACAACGGGAGCUCACCACGUCGCGGGGAUUCGAACUGCCGACCUUCUGAUCAGCAAGUCCUAGGCUCCGUGGUUUAACCCACAGCGCCACCCGCGUCCCGCUGAAUGAGUAGACUGAGGGUAUUGCUACACUAGUGUUUUAAUGUUCAAGAGCCAUGAUUUGUACAUUCGCUUUCCGUGAGGUAUCCAUGUGACACACGGCCAUACUUUCUCCCCACCCCCACCCCCAGUUCUGUCAACUUUUCCCAUGUCAUAAUUUUGCUGACCUUUUUAAAAAGAAGAGCAGUGCAUUCUUCUCAAGUGGAGACAGCCUUAGUGCCACCCUUCUGACUUCUGAAAGAGGUGUGUGUUUUGGGUGUGCACUGACAUUUAGGGAAGACAAAUAUAUCGCCACUUUGCACACGUCUUUCCCUUUCCUUUGCCCUGUUGCUCAGAGCAACUUGCUUGGCUUGAUUGAUUGCUGUUCAAGAGGCGGGGGAGAAAAGAAGAACCUGUCUCCUGUCUUUGGCUGCAAUUUUAUUUUUGUCACUUUUUCUGUGUUCUGAUUAAGUGGCAGCUUCUCCUUGCAGCUCUCUGGGCCCCCCACCUUCUGAACACCCAAGGGAGGCAAGCAGCUCCGUCCCCAGGCAAGUGCCCUCUUUUUCCUGUCGGAUCCCCUCACUGCUGCUCCCAAACUAGCAAAGUCACAACACAUCCAUAACCAGUUCCUUCUCUCCCAAUGUCUUCUUUAUUUUUAAACUUGUGCCGUUUCUUCUUAAUGAAAUAGUUUAACUGCAGGUACUGCAGGAGAUAAUGAAUUCCAACCACAGCAUGCUGAAUGGGUGAGAGCCUGAACCAUGGGGAGAAGGCAGGGUCACGAGCCACUUUCUCUACCCCCCAACUAAAUUGUGAAUGGUUUAUUCACAGUUUGCUAAUAUAUUAUAGCAUACAAAGGGUAUAUGACAAAAAUUUGGCUACAGACAAAAAUUGAAAGGCAUAAAUUCCACAGCAACCCCUACCCUCCAAUACAUACAGACUAAAUCCACUUACAUCUCACCUUUAAUAGAGCACUUAAAAAAAAAAGUAAACACCAACCCAAAACAUGAAUGCUUUGACCUCAGUUCUUAAUUUGGAUUCUGCAAUGUAGCUUUAAAAAAGGGUUCAAACACACUCAAGUUCCUGAGCAUAACUAGGAUUUAAACUCCCAAUAUUUGUGUAAUGAAACGAAAAUCACUUUUAAAAAAAUCUGUACAUGGUACCCCAUUAGUUCCAACAGAAUGCUAGUGUAAACCUGUGUGUGUAAGGUACGCCAUGCAGAGGUCUUCAUAAGCCAAGCACUCCAGUUUCUGCUUCAAACCCCACAGCCUUCUCAAGUGAGCUGGAAGGCCCGAUCCCAAGAAGCCUCCUGCACCCUUUCUCGGCCCAUCAGCCACUUCUCCCCCUCCAGGAGCUAAGGAGCAAAGGAAGAUUAGAAGGAUGGUGAUCCUGGCUGACUAGGAGCAGUGGCAUGAGGCAUGGAAAGUGCUAACUCAACACUGUUGAUAAAGCAAAUAAGAAGCUACCCACUCUUCUGGAAGAGUUCAAAAUCUCUCUUACAUAACUACUCAACUGUUUUGCCUCCUGGGUGUGCAAGAGGGUUUAUCCACACUUACUUUUCCUUCACUCUUUCCAGGCACCAUCCGCGCUUUAAAAUUCUGUGUCCGAAUGCCCUUUUUUUUGUCUCUGCAGCUUUCCCUAUGAAAACCCUCACUGCAAAGCUAAAUCGGAGCAAACAGCAGUCAGUAGAAAACGCAAAUCGAUGUUUGCUCUGAGUGAGUGCUAAAGAGCAGGUUUUUGCAGGGAAAGCACCGGAGCAUAAAAACCCCAACACUCAGACAUGGAGCUUUAAAGUGGGAACCUAUUCCUGGGAAGAGCAGGGCAAAAGGGAAGGGUCAAUAAGCCCUGUAUGAGCAUGAGAGAAUGAACUUUAGCAGUCUGUUGGUGAAGAAAAGGGCAAGGGUAAAUAUUUUUCACCGUUAGUGUGAAAUAUAUAUAUAUAUAUAACACUGUAUCCUCGCCCCCUCCCCAGCUGUGUGGUCUGUCAAUUACAGUGACACGUAGCUUAGAACAGGAGAGCAAUAACAUUAGCACUUGGCUCCCUUUGUCAUGGAGGUACCGUAUUUUUCGGCCCAUAGGAAGCACCGGCCCAUAGGACGCACCUAGUUUUUUGGAGGGGGAAAUAAAGGAAAUUUUUUUUUCCUUUAUUUCCCCCCCAAAACCAGGUCGGGGAACAGCGGGAUGGCGGCGCUGCGCCUCCCCGCUGUCCCCCGAGCUUGUGGGGCUGCCCGAUGUCUGCCCGAAGCGCAGGGCGCUCUGCUUCAGCGCUCCCCGCGCUCCGUGCAGCAGGCUGCUAUCCGCAGCCUAGGGAGCCCUGCGGGACCUCCCGCAGGGCUCCCCAGGCUGCGGAUAGCUUCCCGAAGCGCGGGGUGCUCUGCUUAAGGGCGCCCCGCACUUCGGCAAGCAGGCUGCUAUCCGCAGCCUGGGGAGCCCUGCGGGAACUCCCGCGGGCUCCCCAGGCUUGCUGAUAGUUUCCUGAAGCCUGGAGAGCGAGAGGGGUCGGUGCGCACCGACCCCUCUCACUCUCCAAGCUUCAGCGAAAGCCUGCAUGCGCCCCAUAGGACGCACACAGAUUUCCCCUUCAUUUUUGAAAGGGAAAAAGUGCAUUCUAUAGGGCGAAAAAUACGGUACUUUAAACUUUGUGAUUAGUAUUUUUAUUCUCUGUUACAAUAAUGAACUCUUAACAACUUCCAACAAACUUUGGAGUACUGAAGCUCUUGUCCCGUUACCUAUUUUCCACUUUGAGUUCACACUUCCAUUGCAACACAUUAAAGCAUUACGAAUGUGCAGCCACACCUCUCUUUAUGUGCUGAAGGUGGGAUCAAUGCUGGGGUACCUUUGCCAAUAUACAUUAGGCAAGGCAUCCAAGUAUCUGCAGAUUUGUCCUUCACUUUAGGUCCUCUGCUAGCUCUGCAAUGUUGUGUAAGCUUCUCAGGCAAGGCAAGCUGCCAGACUUUGGCAGUCCAUCCCUUUACCAAAAAGCUUGCUGUCUUCCAGUGACAUGCUCUUUCUGUCUGAGUAACUACCAACAUGAACACAGUCAUUUCUUUAUGCACUAGUUCCCCUUUUUGUGUUUCCAAAACUAACAACAGAGUCAUUGCCAGAUCCAGAAGGAAAGAACCACACUUCAAGGUGCCGUUGAACCAAGUACAUUGGUGCCUCAUAAGUGGCCUGACAUAAUCUCUCUCUCUCUCUCUCUCUCUCUGUGUGUGUGUGUGUGUGUGUGUUUGUGUUUGUGUUUUGGUUGAAAUAAUUAUCUCCUCUCCCAUUACAAAUUAGAAUUGGCAAAGAGUGCAUAACAUUGCUCAGGAAUUCUAAGAUACCAGUUUUGGAAUCAGUGGUUAAAAUCUGCAGAGUUUUGAAAGAUUUGGGUCACCAUCUUGAUACAAAAUGGCAUCCAAUUAGACAAAACUGACAAAAACCACUGCUCCUUCAUUUCAAACACCAUCGUGCAAAUUUUGAUUAUGAUUUGAUUAAAAUUUGCAGUUUUGAAAAGCUCAGUCUGCCAUCUUAUUUCUUUAUUGGUUAUUUUUUUUAUCCUGCCUUUCUUCCCAAAAGAGCCCAAACAUCAAAAUAUUAAACCAAUAAUUCAAAAUAGUGUCCAAUUAUAUGCAACUAUAGAGAAAUCCUACUCUUUGAUCUUUGGAACCAUUUGGUUACAAUAUCUUAAGAGGUGUCCAAAUGCAUAGAGAACAGGUAAAGAGACAAACCGCUUUCCAAAAUAUAUAAUAGAUGAACUUUUUAUUCUUAUCAAGGAAUGUUUUACCAGAGGGCUCUUGAAUUGUCAGCUGUUCACUUUUGCGGCUGUCUUACUUCUUGAUGAAGUUUCUUAAUAAGGUUCUGUUUAGGAUCUUCUGUGGAAUGCUAGAAGCCAUUUGAUGUUCAAUGCUACCUUUCCCAGUAGAACAGUAUUUAACACAGUGGCCAAAUAAUGGACUAGAGCAGACUAUGCUCCUGUAAAGCUUCUGCACAAUCCAUGCACAGUUGACAUACAGAAGAAAUUGCACCAGUUGUAUGUCUGCAUCACUAGUAGGAGCCCUGACCUGUAAGGAAUCUGCCUCCCCAUAGGAGGUUGUUAGUUGGAGAGAAACAAUUCACAUUCACAAGAUAUUAAACUUUCAGUCACUGGCCCAGCAACAAAAGGCAAGAAAUUGCAACUCUUUAGUCUCUUUCUCUCUCAAAAAACGAAACCAGCAAGAUGAAAAUUUGAGUUGGUAAUAGAGCAACAAAACCUUUUGGCUCAGGGAGUAUUAAAUGCCUUAACCAGACAGAAGGUGGUUUGAGGUUCUCACUUAAAAGGAAUCAUGGGGGCCCUUCUUAAACAGAAUAAAUUGGCUAUAAAAGGCAUCUUAUUGAUUGAAGGGGAGGUGGAGUAUGUUGGUCCCUGUUCAUAUUUCCUUUUGGAUUUUAUUUGCUGCAUUUAAAACCCACAGUUGUGUUCAUCUAGGCUCUUUUUUAUGUGGCUCUUGAAAUAUCCGAUGGCUUAUGUUAUGUACUGAGUUGAAUAGGAUCCAAAAGGCAGCAGUCUGAUUGGUCCUAGAACAAUAGGAUUCAGAAUGCAGCAGUCUGAUUGGUCCACAGGAGCCACCCAAUCCAGCUCCAGGUGGAAGUGAAUCCGCAACCUGAUUGGCCUACAGGUGAAUCCCGGAAUUAGCCAAUCAUGUGCGGCCCAUUGUGUAAAUAAUGUAUAUAAAGCAGACAUUCUGGGGGAACUUCCAUUCCUCCUGACCACUAUGAGCUGAAUAAAGAGCAUGAAAUCCACUCUCGACUCCCAGUAUAUUUCAGCUUACAACGGUGAAUGCAAAAUGAAGAGCCAUGUCUUGCUCUGUUAGUCUCAUAGUUUUAAACACUCCAAACCAUGCAUAUUUUUUUAAUGUUUCACCUUACUUCAGUACCUGAGAAUGCUCGUCAGUAGUUUGGGUCCCACUACUUUGGAGAUCACAGAUGAGGAACCUGAGGUCUGGGAGAUCAAGGCUGCCCUCCCAGUCUACCUGGCCCUUGGGGACUCUCCCCAGGUCACACCCCUCUUCCGAGCCACACACCCUCGCCAGGCUUGCUUCGCACCUUCCUUGUGUGUUUUGGCCAGGCUAGAAUGUGUCUUUGGAAUCUGAUCCUUCAUCUUGCUGGCCUGGAUGAAGGGUAGAGGCUGUCUCUGUGUGUGUAGAAACUAGCUCACUGUACAGAGAUAAUGUUUACAUUCAUUUGUUCCCACCCGCCACUGUGCUGUGGGUGCCAGUAGGUUGCCUUAAAGGGAAUGAGGUCUCCCCUCCCCCAUCUACAUCUUUCUGCACCCCACACCAUUAUUACUAUUGCUGUAAUUACUGUGCAAGUUGUACAAUAGCUUGCUUAUUUCUUGGCUAGAAAAAUAUUUCCAUAUAAGAUAUGGUAAAUUAAAGAAUUUAUUUGAUUGAUCCACCCCAGAGGAACGAAUACUCUUUUCACUGCUCCUGCCAGCCAGUCAGGGAAUUACUGCCUACUUGGAGUAGCUGGAGCCAUUUUAUACUAGGGUUGCCAUAUUUCAAAAAGUUGGGAAUUUACAGACGUAUGGCAACCCUAUUUUAUACAAGCAUCUCUUUUUCUGCUUUGACCUGCCUUCUUUCUUUAUCCACUCCUGGGUUACAAACUUAAACAAGCCUGCUGGACCAGGUCAAAGGCCAAUCUAGUCUCAUAGGAGCCAAACAGAUGCCUAUCAGAAGCCCCCUAACUUGAGCUCAACAGGGCUUGGAACAUCUUCCUAAAUAUAUUUUCGGUAGGUAGCACUAGUUUGCCUUUUCUCCAUAACAAAACGAAGCUGGAUAAAAUACAUUUUCUAAUCCAUUUUGACUACAUCUGAACUCCGUGAUUGUUAGUGGGCAAGAAUAAUGUAGUUAGGGCAACCUCACAUAGUUAGGUUGUGGGUAGAAAAUUUAGAAAACAACGUUGGUGGCUCUGCUAUCCUUGUGAUAAGGCAGUGACUAAAAUUACAGUGAGCCUUGCAUUCUCAGCACUACAGCUGACAAAAAAUACCCAGCAGCCCCCUUAUUUUAUUCUCCAGCAGGGAUGGGAGUCUUUAGGUUUGAGUUGGGAAAUGGUGGUGGUGGUGGUGGUUUCACAGCCACAGUAAAAAAAAAUAAAAAUCAUUUGACGGCUGGGCCUCAUUGACUUCCCCUUGUGUGCAUUCACAUGCUGUGCUCUUGCUCCUCCAAACAUACCAGUUUUGUAGGUAACUGAACAGGUAGCUUAGCUGUUGAGAGCCACUUCAGAGGAGAAAUGGCUUCCAGGAACAAGAGGAGCAGUACUGCUUCUUAUUUCCCACACAAAUUCCACCUGCUUCAGAAGUUGAGAACGGGUGAAGUCAAAAGCAAGAUACAGCAAAAUGUAAGAGAUGCUCCAGGGGUGCUGCAAAGAGUCAGGUACUUAUCUUGCUUCUCCAGUCUGAGUGUCCCUGUUUUUCUUUAGCUACAGAGAAAUAGCAGUGCUCACGCUGAAUUGUGGCUUCAUUUGUGUUGAUCUUGGGAUGCUUCCUUAAUGGUUUCCUCUACAAAUCUUAGUCGUUAUGUGUUCCAAAGGAGACACUUUAAUUUAUAAAGAGAACCUGAGGAUGUUUAGAAUGUUUUCCUUCUAGUUUAUUAGUUUAUUUUCUUGUUGUUGUUGUUUAUGCCUACAGAAAUUGAAAGAUGCCAACUUUGACGACUGGAAGAACAUCAGAGGGCCCCGUCCAUGGGAAGAUUCCAAGUCUUUACAAGAGCAGAAGCGGUAG